AUGCGUGUCGCUCAGAUUGCUGCCACUCUUGCUCUUGCCAGCCUGGGACUAGCCGCGCCUAUGGAAGUUCCAGAGUCCGCUGUUGGCCAGUCCAUCUACAGCAAGUACGCCAACGAGAAGCGUGAGGAUGACUCUGCCGUGGGCCAGUCUAUCUACAGCAAGUAUGCCAACGAGAAGCGCGAGGACGAUUCCGCUGUUGGCCAGUCCAUCUACAGCAAGUACGCCAACGAGAAGCGCGAGGAUGACUCUGCCGUGGGCCAGUCUAUCUACAGCAAGUAUGCCAACGAGAAGCGCGAGGACGAUUCCGCUGUUGGCCAGUCCAUCUACAGCAAGUACGCCAACGAGAAGCGCGAGGAUGACUCUGCCGUGGGCCAGUCUAUCUACAGCAAGUACGCCAACGAGAAGCGCGAGGAUGACUCUGCUGUUGGCCAGUCUAUCUACAGCAAGUACAACUAG